UCAACAUGACUGUGAUAGCAGUACCAUCGCAACAAGCAGACCUCGAAUAUACGCCAGUCCGACAGAAAUGGUUGGACCGAACCGAGCGUCGACUCAAGACAGAGAUUCUCAGCACAGAAUUGCCUGAAGGGUUUCCUAAAAGACUCGAUUCCGAUUUGGUAUGGGAUGGUCGAACGUUACCAGACGUAUAUGACUGGACAUAUCACUUGGAUUCUGAAGAUCUUGAGGAGAUCAAAAAGGCCUUAGCCUACUUCCGUGGUCUCAAGAAACCUCUUGGUCACAUCGACCCCGAUACCUUCCCUCUACCGAAGCUCCACGAUAAGUUGCGAGACAUCUCAAAUGAAGUCCACAAUGGCCAUGGAUUCAAGGUAGUCCGUGGUAUUCCUGUUGAUGAUUACACCCGGGAAGAUAACAUCAUUAUUUAUGCUGGCGUUUCUUCUCAUGUUGCCUCUGAACGCGGUCGUCAGAUCAUUGCGAGGCCAUCUCAAAUCGUACUCUGUCAUGUCAAAGAUCUUAUGACCACCUCGGAAAAAAAGAAGAUUGGUGUGGCUACAUACACAACCGAUCAACUAGUUUUCCAUACUGACGUUGGAGACAUCAUAUCUCUGUUCUGUCUUGGCGCAGCCGCCGAGGGAGGGUGCAGCCAACUGGCCAGUAGCUGGUAUGUCUACAACGAGCUAGCGGCUACAAGGCCCGACCUGAUUCAGGCAAUGGCGGAGGAUUGGCCCCACGAUACGCAGGGAAGCACACCAGAGGGCUACAAUAUGCGGCCGAUUCUUCACCAUCAACCCGCAACUGACUCAACCCCGGAAAGAAUCGUAAUUCAUUGCAUGCGCCGUGACUUUACUGGAUAUCUUGCAGCACCAAGGCCGAAGACAAUCCCACCAAUUACUGAUGCCCAAGCAGAGGCAUUAGAUGCCAUUCAUUUCUUGGCUGAGAAACACCAACUUCGUCUUGACUUUCAAAAAGGUGACAUCCAAUAUGUGAAUAACUUCAGCAUUCUUCAUGCCCGAGAGUCAUUCAGAGAUACACCAGAGCAGCAGCGUCAUCUUAUAAGACUCUGGCUCCGUGAUCCCGAGCAUGCAUGGGAGAUACCGGGGCCAUUGAAGGGUCGAGUGGGAAGGGUGUACAACAACUUGAACAAAGACACACAGGAAUUCCCAAUGGAAGCCGAAGUCGAGAGC